AUGCCAAUCGAUACACAAGUUCCCUGGCUGAUACCGAAUCGCUCAGUUGCCGCUCCUGACAUGUCCGAGCCCGAGACGUGGGGUCAAGUAGGAGCCAAAAUCACCGUCAGUGGUUACAUCAGUAAACUGCGAAAGGUCAGUAAAAACUUGGCCUUCGCAUCUCUGGAACGCGAUGGCCGGCGAAUAGGCCAGAUCGCCGCAAAAGGGCCGGAGGAGGUCAACAAGUUGAGUAAAAUACGCCCUCUUAGUGCAGUCCUUGCUUCGGGCACUGUCACUGAGGCUUCAACCACGUCGCAUUUCGAGAUGGAUUUGGAGUCGAUAAAGCACCUUGGCUUCUUCCCGCCUCACAUCAUCAUCGGCCCAGACACAGUCUUCUCACCAAAGGAUCGCCACCUGCAGUUGCGCUUCCACAAGGACCUGCGCGAAAGAUUGCGUUUCCGUGCUCAGCUGAAGUCGACUCUGGCACAGGCCAUGGGGGAUCGGGACUACAUGGACGUUGAGACUCCAAUCUUGUUCAAAUCGACUUCUGAAGGUGCCAGGGAAUUCAUCGUGCCAACGCGGAAGGGUCAUCUCGCAUAUGCUCUGCCACAAAGUCCCCAGCAAUAUAAGCAGGUCUUGAUGGCAUCUGGCAUGUCUGGCUACUACCAAUUCGCGCGAUGCUUCCGCGAUGAAGACCAUCGUGCUGACCGCCAGCCCGAAUUCACCCAGCUUGACAUGGAGAAGUCCUUCGCCACGGGAAAGCACAUUAUGGAAGAUGUCGAGUAUGUCGUCGGAAGGGCCUGGGAGGCCAUGCGAGAGCAGCAUGUCAUGGAGGUUGGGAAGAAGGGAUUCUCACCAGUCAAAAAGUCAUCCCUCCAGGAUUGGAAGCAGAGCGUCCAAGACAGUGCAAAGGACGACUCUCAAACACCACUCUACCAAGAAUACCCUGCCAUUUCGACGCCGUUCAUGAGGAUGAAGUACGAGGACUGUAUGGAACUUUACGGAUCCGACAAGCCAGACUUGCGCAUACCGAAUAGGAUAUGCCGCGUCGAUGAGCACCUCGACCGACACUUCAUCAGCAUGAUCAGCGAACUCAAAGACCCUGCUGUCGAAGUAUGGAAGUUCAGCCCCCGGGAUGACGCCGACAAGCGCCGUGUGUCGAAGGCCGUCCUGAAAUUCAUGGACGACCUGCCCGCCAGUCUUUCCUCCAAAAACUCACACAGCGCGCCGGUGGCACUGGUGUUCGACAGCAGCAAGCCUCUGAACGGUUUCUCCUCCCUUGGGCCGGCAGGCAUCGAUAGCAUCCUUCCCCAUGUCCCGGAGGAUUCUGGAUUCUCCGACUUACAAAACGGCGACGUUGUCUUCUUCCAAGCGCGCAGGAAGCUGCCUCACGGGGGCGGCUCAACCAAGCUUGGCGAGAUCAGAAUCGCAUUCUACCACGAGGCCGUAAGGACCGGUCUCAUCGACCCCGACAAUUCCUUCAAGUUUCUCUGGGUCACCGACUUCCCCAUGUUUACCCGCACUGAGGAGGGUGAUGUCGGCGGCCAGGGAGGUGCCGCAGGCUUCUCUGCCACACACCACCCGUUCACGGCGCCGCACUCGGAAGAAGACUUUGAGCUGCUGUUUAAGGACCCGCUCAAGGCAAAGGCGGACCACUACGACCUCGUGCUCAACGGUGUUGAGCUCGGUGGCGGCAGCAGACGUAUCCACGUCGCCGAGAUCCAAAAGUUCAUCUUUGAACAGAUUCUUCAGAUGGACCAUCACAAGGUCCAUGAGUUUUCGCAUCUGCUGAAGGCCCUUGCCUCCGGGUGUCCGCCGCACGCCGGCUUCGCUAUCGGGUUCGACCGCUUCGUGGCUGUCUUGAGCGGCGCGUCGUCCGUUAGGGAUGUCAUUGCGUUCCCCAAGAACAACAAUGGCAUGGACGAGUUCGCGGGCGGCCCCAGCAAGAUGACGAAGGAUCUGCUGACACCUUACAAAUUGCAGCUUUUAUUGAAAAAGCAUAUGCUGAGCGAUGACGGUAGUAGUGAUCCAGGCCCGGAUAAGUUGUUUUAA